AUGGUGUCCAAGCUGCUGGGCGCACUGGACUUGUUCUUUGCGUUGUCAAGAGCGCACGCAGACCCACCGGAUGUGCGUCGCUUGACAACAGGGCCGUCGUCAAAGGACGAGUCCGAAACUGAGCCGUCGAGGUCGUCGUCGAGUGUGUGUUUUGAUGGUCGUGGCAGGGUCACCCCAUCGUCCUCCGGCUCGGAAGUUUUCGCCGGCGCCAAGCGAGGUUUGGCUUUAGGUGCAGUAAUUCUAGGAACAAGCCAAUCGAUACUGCGUCAGUACCCUGUCGAGGAAGGAUUCGUGGUUCGGACUCACUUUCGGCCAAUUGGCUUUUUCUUGACGGGCUGCUUCUCAGUCGGGAAAAUUUCGGCGUUCUGA